AGCCGGGCGCAGUGGGCGCAGCACGCAGCCAAACAACAGAGGCGCGAUCUGCCGGCCUGCCUGUGCGGCCUGUGCCUUUCCGCCUUUGGCCUGCCACGCCGCCGUUGCUUGUGUCGCCGUCGGUCGCCGCCGAGACUCACUGUCGGCGUGCCGCCGGGUCGUCCGGUUUGGCUUUGCCUGCUUCGCCUUUGCUGCUGUGGCGAAGCGCAAAGCGCGAAGCACGCCAAGUGGAGUGGCGGAGGCUAGCGCUAGCGGUGACAGCCGCGCGCUUCGGAUUCGGACCUGUCAGUCAGACCCGUGGCGGAGCUCUUGACCGACCGGCGCGGCGCCGUAAGCAAGUUCGAGUACACACACAAUAACAGCGCUCUCGGCGCGGCCGCGCGGCCAAGGAGACAGACAGCUCGCCGAAGCACUCCGCUGCGAACCACACGCGGCGCCGCCGAUUCCCUGUCGCGCACCUACGCGAACUCUGUCGACGGGUUUUUGUUCAAAUUUGAAUACGUGAUGGCGUCGUCGAAGAAGCAGAAGAAGACGCAAAGUCAGAGUCCGCAACGAAGCGGCGGCGGCAGCGCACAGGCGGCGAAGGCCAAGACUCCUUCGCGGUGGAGGACUCCCCUACUCGUGGCAGUGCUGGCCCUGUGUGUGUACCGAGGACUCGAGUACCAUAACUACUGGCACUCGUUAAGCCCCGUGGUGGAGACGAAGCAAGGCCCCGUCCAGGGGCGCGCCGCCGUCACCAAGGCCGGCACGGAGUACUUGGCCUUCCAGGGGCUGCCGUUCGCAGAGCCCCCCGUGGGCCCGCUGCGCUUCCUGGACCCCGUGCCGCCGCGGUCCUGGGCGCCCCAAGUCCGGGACGCGCGCGCCGACGGCCCCAUGUGCAGGCAGCCCCAGAUGAAGGUCCCCGGCGUGCUGCCGAGCAACAUGACGGUCAUGGACGUGGUGCGCUUCCUCGGCACCGUCCCGGCGCUGGCGCACCGCGCCCUCAAGGUGAUGCGGCAGAGCGAGGACUGCCUGCACCUCAACGUGUACACCCCCGAGGUGGGUGCCGACGCGGCGCUGCCCGUGCUGGUCUUCGUGCACGGCGGCGCGUUCGUCUACGGCGACGGCGGCAGCGACAUGUUCGGCCCGGAGCACUUCGUGGACCGCGGCGUGGUGCUGGUCGUCCCCAACUACCGCCUCGGCCCGUUCGGCUUCCUGGCGCUGGGCGAGGCGGCCGAGGGCGGCAAGAAGGUGGGCGGCGCGCCGCGGGGCGUGGGCAACGCCGCGCUCAAGGACGUGGUAGCCGCGCUGCGCUGGGUCAAGGACAACAUCGCGCACUUCGGCGGCGACCCCGACAAGGUGACCAUCGGGGGCCAGUCGGCCGGCGGCGCCAUCGCCAGCUACAUGACCCUCGUGCCGGCCGCCAAAGGCCUGUUCCGCAGCGCCAUCAGCAUGUCCGGCACCGCGCUGCACCACUGGGCCUUCAGCACCCCGGAGAAGGCUCUGGAGCGCGGCCGCAUCCUGGCCCGCCGCCUCCGGGCGAAGAUGGGCCACGCCCAGGCCGACGGGGAGAGCCCAGAGGACGCGCUUCGCUUCCUCCAGAGCGUGGACGCGGCCGCCCUCGCGGACUACACCAACUACUGCGACGUGCAGGACGAGUCGAGGUGGCUGAUGGACGAGUUCCCGUUCCAGCCCACCGUCGACGGCGACCUGGUGCCGGCCGCCCCCUUGGACCUGCUCCGCGCCGGACGCUUCCAGCAGGUGCCCACACUGCUGGGACUCAGCGCGAGGGAGGGCCUCUUCAUCUUCCCCAGCUCCCUGACGAGAAACCGCACUCUGGAAAACAUGGCUGGGCUGGUGGACGCGGACUUCUUCUGGGCGCUGCCCGAGUACAUGCGCAAGGGACUUCCCCGCGGCUCGGAGGCGCUGAGGCUGGCCGAGGUGGCCGCCAAAGAGUUCUACUUCGGCAAGCAGAGCAUGGCCGAGGGCUCCAUGCAGCAGUUCGUCGAUUUUUAUGGCACUCUAAUGUUUGACUACGACACCUACCGUUUUACGAGAGAGUUGACUGCCGUGUCCCAAACUCCCGUCUUCGCCUACAACUUCACAUUUGAGGGACGCCAGAACCUCUUCAGGAGGGUUUUAGUCUACCACGUCCCAGAGUUCAAAGGUGCUACCCACAGUGAUGAUCUGGGUUACUUGUUUGGAAAUGACUUACUUCCACAAGUACAUCUUUUGGAGUCUGACCCUGAACUAUCAUUUCAAAAAAACUUUGUGACAUCAUUUUCAAAUUUUAUAAAGACAGGAAAUCCUACUAGACCAGAAAAGUCUUAUCCUAAAUGGCCUUCAAUGACAAAAACUGGAUCUCCUGUGAUGAAGAUCAAUGUUGAUAGUACAUUGCAGGAGGGGUACAGACCAGACCAUAUCUCUCUGUGGAAUACUUUCUUCAAGAACAUUGCAUGAUUAUAAUGAUGCUAAAACUUAAAGAAGUCUUCUCUAAUUGAACAUUCUAUACCUGAUGUACCAAAAUGGCAGGAGAUACCAGAAGGCAAUUUAAAAUACAUGUUCAAUAAAUUUUAGGUAUACGUAUUGCUAA